CGGGAGCUGGGACAGCAGCUGUCCCCCCCGCCUUGUGGUUUUCCUGUGUCUCUGCCAUGUUCUUCCUCCUAGGGCCCAACCUCUUCGUGUUCUCGGUAGAGUCAAGUUGAUGUCCCUAGUCUAUGGGUGGAGCCACUUAGCGACCAUUUCUUGGGUUGCCAUCCAGCCCACAGGGCUGGCUUGGGCGGGGGCCGCGGGCGAAGUCCCAGCAUGCCGGGAGGUUGCCUGCCAUCAGUGGGUCACAACAAGCUGACCAGUAGGAGGGCAACAACAAGAGGUCUUCAACCAGUCCAUGACUGGGAAUCCUAAGCCGCCAGAAAACCAGAAAUCUGGGCCUCUGUCAGGAUCCUUUCAGAAUAUGUGGAGGAGGAAACUUGUAUUUUAAAAGCUUAUGAGCCCCAUACAGGAGGACAAGGAAAAUAAUUGGAGAGAAAGCCCUUCAUUGCUUCUGUGCACAGAUGGACCUGGGGUCACAGCCCCUGGAGGCCUGAACAACCAUGUGCUUCACCCAGGUGUCGACAGAAGGCAGAAGUCUGACUGAGAUUUUACAACUCAGAAUGCACCAGAUGGUGGACAGUUUCUUUAACAAUCAUCGACAUCAACCAGAAGGACAAGAGCAGGAGCAGGUCGCGCUACUGCAGCUGGAGGACGACUUCGAUGAGGCCUUGCUCGAUGCCGCCAUGGAUCUGCAUUAUCAGAACAGCAAUCAGGACUCCUCUCCGUUACUUCCCGAGGUGCGGCAGGAACUGCGCUCCAGGGUCCGGAGGUCCUCUGUCCUUUCCCUGGAAGAUCAGAGUCCUGAGGGCUGCUCUCCCAAGGAGUCCUUUUGUAAGCGAGCCCUGAGGUCCUUUCAGAGGCUGCUGUGCUGCCUCUGGCAGAAGUGGCAGGCCGCGCUGGCUUGGUUGAAGAAGACCCUGUCUGCUGGCGUGCAGGCCCUUUGCAGGGCGGUGGAGGCCAUCUGGAGUGUGUUUAAUGAUUUCUGCUCCUUCAUGGCUCAGGUCAUCAGGAGCGCCACCCAGGCCUAGCCAACCCCCCCUGACCGGUAUCCUUCCCCGGGGCUGGCCCGUCGCUCUGGCUAUGGUGUCUUAAUAAAAGUUGGUCA